GACAUCAUAUAUAUAAAGUGAGAGAAAGCAGAAGAAACAAAAAUACGAAAGGUAAAGAGCAGAGAAGAGAAUAGAAGAAGAAGGCUAGGGAGAGAUGAUGUCAUCAGAUACAAAUGCAGAAGAGAAGCCACUGUUAGUACCAAGAAUCGACGGAGAUGAAGAAAAUAAUAAUAAUAACAACAACAAUAAUGAAGAAUGGUGGAAAAAAAUAUUGGAUUUGCAAGAGGUCAAGAACCAAAUCUUGUUUGCUCUGCCCAUGAUCCUCACUAAUGCUUUCUACUACUUGAUUCCUUUAGUCUCCGUCAUGUUCGCCGGUCAACUCGGUGAGCUCCAGCUCGCCGGCGCCACCCUCGCUAACUCUUGGUGCGUCGUCUCCGGCAUCGCUUUUACGACAGGAUUAAGUGGCGCACUUGAGACACUGUGUGGUCAAGGAUUUGGAGCGAAACUAUACAGAAUGUUAGGAAUAUAUUUACAAGCAGCUUCUAUAAUAACCAUUAUGUUCUCUAUUAUCAUAUCCAUCAUUUGGAUCUACACAGAACCUAUACUAAUCUUACUUCACCAAGAGCAUCAAAUUGCAAAAGCUGCUGCUCUUUACUUAAGAUACCUUAUUCCAGGACUAUUUGCUUACGGCCUUCUGCAAAAUAUCCUGAGGUUUCUUCAAACACAAUCUGUUGUUUUGCCUCUUGUUUUUUUGUCUGGAAUCCCAGCUUGUAUUCAUAUUGGUUUGGCUUAUGCACUGGUCAAUUGUACAUCUCUUGGUUAUAUCGGUGCGCCCGUAUCUGCUUCAGUUUCAUUGUUGAUAUCAUUCAUUACUUUGGUUUUAUAUGUUAUUUAUGAUAAGAAAUUUAAGCAUACAUGGGAAGGAUUUUCGCUCGAAUCUUUUCAAUACAUACUUGUAGACUUGAAACUUGCCUUGCCUUCUGCAGCAAUGGUAUGUUUGGAGUACUGUGCUUUUGAGAUUUUGGUGCUCCUAGCAGGAUUGAUGCAAAAUUCAGAAGUAACUACAUCGUUGAUUGCUAUGUGUGUGAACACAGAAGCUGUUGCUUUCAUGAGUGCUUACGGUCUCAGUGCUGCUGUGAGCACAAGAGUGUCUAAUGAGUUGGGAGCAAACAAUCCAGACCGAGCUAAACAUGCAAUGGCCGAGACUCUAAAGAUCUCUGUUCUUUUUGCUCUAUUGAUUGUUUUGGUUCUAAUCUUUGGUCAUAAUAUCUGGGCUGGAUUAUUUAGCAGUAGCUCUACUAUAAUUCAUGCUUUUGCCUCAUUGACACCCUUUCUUGCAACCUCAAUCGCGCUCGAUUCUUUUCAAGGCAUUUUAUCAGGUGUGGCUAGAGGAUGUGGCUGGCAACAUCUCGCGGUUAUCGCAAAUCUAGCAACAUUUUAUUUAAUUGGAAUGCCAAUUGCAAUCAUCCUUGGAUUUAAGUUCAAGUUUUACACAAAGGGAUUGUGGAUUGGUUUAAUAUGUGGUCUCUUCUGCCAAUCCUGCACUCUCUUGGUGAUUACACUACGCACAAAAUGGACUAGAAUAGCUAUGUCUAUGGAUAGAGAUCGUGAAAAUGAGGACUCGGCUUAACUAGAGUUACGAAGACUGAUUUUGUUUUUGAGAGCAUUGAAGAUUUACACAUAAUAAAAAAUUUGUAAAAUUUUUUUAUUUUUUCUUUUAUAUCAACAUUUUGUUCUUAGAUUUUCUCAGGAAGCAUCCUCACGCUUUCUUUGAAUGUCAAACUAAUUGCUUCUAGAGGAUAUUGAACUUGUUACCCUGAUCGACACUUUGUUGGUAAUUGGAAACUAAUUUCACAAGUCUUUAUUUCAUAA